UAUCUCUGGCUUUCUUCAUGGCUUCCGAGAACUUCUCCAUCGCUGCUGCCGAUGACUCCAAGCACGGAUUCAGCAGGCCGGAGUUGUACAAGGAGAAUCUCGCCGGCACCGCCGAUGCAUAUGACCGUCACGUGUUCGUCUGCUACAAGAACCGCCAGGUUUGGCCUUCAAACGUCGAGACCUCUGACUUGGAUCCGCUCCCGAAGCUUCUGGCAACAACUGUUAAAUCCCGUAAGAAUGAUAUCACCAUAAAGACUAAGAUUACAGUAUGCGAGGCACGAGAGGAGGCUGGCUUCUUGGAUGGCGACGUGUUGCUUUUCCGGGAAAUGAUCAAAUAUAGGGGUCUGACAGUGUCAAACAUCGAUAGCUUUGUGGAAGAUGUUAUGGCGAAUGGGAAGCCAUGGUCUGCUGGAGUCCGGGAUGAGAUGGCUGGUUCCUAUGUGUUUGUUUGCUCUCAUGCAAGCCGUGAUGUUAGAUGUGGUGUUUGUGGGCCAGCUCUCAUUGGCAAGUUUAAUGAGGAAAUUGAGCUUCGAGGUUUGAAGGAUCAGGUGUUUGUCUGGGCAUGCUCUCAUUUAGGCGGCCAUAAAUAUGCUGGCAAUGUAAUCAUAUACUGUCCAGGAUCAGACGGAAAAAUUAUGGGUCACUGGGAGGCUCUCAUGUACGGUUAUGUUACUCCUAAUGAUGUGCCUGAAUUUCUGGAUCAUCAUAUUGCGAAAGGAGAAGUCAUACAGCGCCUUUUGAGGUGCCAAAUGGGGCAAUCAGUUAAGGAAGUCAAGGGAACAGAUGGCCAGAAAGUUCCCAGUGAAGAACCUAUGGACAAGGGCAAGAAUCAAAAUGUGGGUGGUUGUUGCCAGGGUGCUAAUGGGGUUUCUUGUUGCAUGAAUCCUCCAAGUUCUGACAAAAACUGA